AAGAGAGAGCGAGAGCGAGCGAGCGAGAGAGAGCAACCGGAUAUCCGUAACCAUGGAUUUGAAAAAAAGGAAAAUUCUGCUCACGUGUACCGGAUAUACAAGAAUCUAAUGCAGUGAGAUAGGUGAAGUGGCAAUGGCAGAUAUGUACAUUAAACCGGGUAAUCAGGAGCGAGGAUGGAACGACCCCCCACAAUUUUCUUACGGUUUACAGACGGCUCAAAGUGGACCUAAACGUCUUCUCAAUAAGAGAGUGCCACCUCCUCAACUCUCUGGACCUCAGAGCCCAUCUCCAGGGAUACCCCCUCCACUGAGCCACGCCACUCCCCCUGUACAACCUCCAAGUUGUGGAAUGACCCCACCCCCGUUAUCGGGUAUGACCGCAUCAUUGACCCCCCCGCCAAGGUCAUGUCCCGUGGAAGCUGAAAAAGAUUCUCCCAGCGCGGAUUCAGAAGGGGAACCUAGUGUAGACGAGGUGGUCGCCCUUCUUAACUGGGCGCUUGCAGCGUGUAGGAAGUCUGUUAAGAAGCAAGUGUGUGAUGAUGUUGACAAGCGCCUGAAGCUGUUUGAGGAGAUGUGGAAGUGUGGGAAGCUUUCACUUCCUGUCAAGAAAAGGAUGAAUCUUCUGGUUCAAGAGAUGAAAAGUCGUGAUUGGGACGCCGCUGAUGAGAUUCAUCGGUCUUUAAUAGUAGACCACGUGAAUGAGGUCAGCCAGUGGAUGGUUGGGGUCAAGCGUUUAAUUGCAGAGGCGCGAAAACUUCAACCUGAACACCUGUUCGUUGAAGACUCAGACCAGAUUCGGAGCAGCAAACCUGACGAUCCAAAUCAUGAAUAGUCUCGUUUGGACUUGUACUCAAGCCAUCUAAAAUGUUGAGGGGAAUCAUGUGGCUGAAAGGGCUUCUUCUGUAUACCUCUUGACACUGAACAUUUCCCCCAGACUGUGAGAAUUGAUGGGGUACUUCAAAGGUGCUGGUUCUUCAAGCUGUUUACAGUCUACUCAUUGACUGCAUCCUUCCUCUGUUUACCUGCCUUACCUGAUCCUGCUUGUGCGUUACUGGUCUUUGCUAAGUAUCUCACAUUUACUUUCAGUAAUCAUAUCUCUCAAAUCAACCUUUAAGUUAGUUUAAGGCCAUUCUGCCAUUUUUCUAUAUCAAACUUUUCAACCAUUGCUACUAUAUAAUAUCUAUUAAGUUUUCACUUUCAGUCUAUUUCAUUGGAACCUCCAUUUUCCUCAGCUGUUCAGAUUAGGCUUGUCAUCUGGAGCCAUGGUUUAUGUGUCUGGAAGGGAGGACAUUGGCUGGUGUCUUGGGAGUGGAGCUGAAAUGUUUCAUACAGUUUUCCUCUCUUUACACCUGUCAAUUCCUAUUUCAGAAGGGAGCAAAAGGGAAAGGAAGAAAUAUUCAUUGUUAUUGGCAAUUCAUUAAUUAAUUGUCAAUGUACAGCAUUGUUUAUUGUGCUAGUGAAAAUUACAAUAUAAAAUCAAAAUAGUCUUCAAAAUGGACAAACUUCCAACUGGACUUUCAAAUGGGAACAUGUUUGUUAAUGUCUUCCCCAAACGAAUUCAUUACCCACUCUGAUUCACCAAUUUAAUUAGGAUUCUGUUCUCCUUUGAUUUGUGUGCUUUGGCCAUUGACUGCCAAAGCCACACACCUGGGAAUGAACCUGAAAAUGCAAAUACUGUUAAUAUCCAGAAUACAGACUAUAUGACCAUUAAAAUGACAGGUUGUCACCCUGUACCAGACCAUGGGGUCAUAACCUUCAGACGGCAAGCAAGACAUUUUGAUGAAACUGGUGUUUAUUUCUUUUCAUUCUAUUUGAAACACUUAUCACUGCACUACUCAACUCAUACCACUUGGAGUCAGUAUGUAUGUGUGCAGUUUACUAAGGGUUGCAUUACAACAGGAGCAACAGAGUAAUAAACACGCAACUGAUUAUUACUAAAA